AUGGAACAUUUCCGGCAUACCGCUCAUAUCGGAACCCACUCCUUAAGUUACGCGUUGCGAGGCAUUCCUCGGCAUCCCGGUGCUCCGUUAGUGGUGGUACUCACCGGGAUAACUAGCAGUUCUUUGGAAUGGAGCGCAGUGUGUCGCCAUCUCGAGCACGAGGCGUCCGUGCUUUUAUAUGAACGGACCGGCUACGGUCGAAGCGAGGCAUGCUUAACAGCGGAGCCAGACUCCUUAACGAUCGUCGACGAGCUAUCUAGAUUGCUGGUCGCUGCAGCACUUCCACCCCCGUACCUGGUGGUGGGCCAUUCCUGGGGCGGGAUUCUCGCACGGGAGUUCCUUGCUGCCCGCGGUCCUGAAGCUAUCUGCGGGAUGGUACUGGUGGAUGCCGUUCAGGAACGUAUGCUCUUCGAGACGUGGCCCGAUCCCAGUAUCGCCGCCGUCACGGCGGGACUUGACUACAUGGAAGUUGUGGGAUUGACCCGCGAUCACCGACUAACUGAGUCCGAGUGGGCAGAGCUAAUGGCUGAGGAGGCCAGUCCCCACCACGAGCGCCAGGCCGUCCGGGAGCUCCCCCAUUUGCAGACCAGCCGCAGCGUCCUGGCCCAGAAGCAGCAACUUCGCCCUGGUCGGGACCUGCUGCACGGCAAGCCGCUGAGUGUGCUUCGCGGUAAUUCUCUCCGUGACCAAGAGCGGAUGUACCACCGGGGUGUGGCCCAGGGGUUGGGGACUGAGGCCCAGCGAGCGACAUUUCGUGACUAUCUAGCCCACUGGGACCACAGCGAGGAGGCUUUUCAGUGCGAACUACUGAAUCUGUCGACCACAGCAUGCUUCUCCACGACAUCCCAGAGUGGUCAUAAUAUUCAGCUCACCGAACCUGAACGAGUCGCUGACGAAAUUCGGUGGGUCCUACAGCGGAUUUCAUCCGUCGCUGUCACCAUCUGA